AUAUGUUUUCAGCAACCGUCUUCUACAGGAAAAUGGGUCAUAAAGGAAAGCAUGAGAAUGGGGAAAAUAAUAACGAUGUGGCUUAUAUGACUGAAGAUGGUAUCCCUUCUGAGAAUGGGAUGCACGCAAAAGCGAUCAAAGGAAAAUCAAGGCCCUCUGAUGGUAGAUAUGCGCUGUAUCUGGUACGGAAACCUAUAGAGGUUACGCCGGAAGAUUUGUCAAAGGCAAGUAUUUCUAUAGAAGCAUGUGUCGACAAUGAGCAAAAAAUCACCAUAGGUAGUAAUGAUUUUGUCGUUCGAGGAGCUGCAUUGCCUUCACAAACGUUUCACAUACCAGCUAGUGUCUUGCAUGCAUCCGAUGCUUCAUCUUCUUUGGAAGCUGGUAAGGUCAUAGGCUCUAUAGUGAUAUCGAGAGCAGAGUUCCACUCGACAGACGGCAUCUAUGAAGAAGGGCACGAUGUUCCGCUCGAUCUUCUACAAAACCUCCCACUCAGACACAUAAAAAAGAAGGUCUCCCGUAAGGGAAUCAAGCAUCUACGACAACGAUUGUGUGCGAAUGGUGUGAAAAGGUUAAGUAGUAGUGGUAGUGCUGCUGCGCAAUGAGGCGAAAAAAUGGGCUACUAGGUUGUUUUCCAAAGGAUCUGUGAUAUCUUUGCUCUGUUCACCAUUUCUUGUUAUUUCCUCCAUAUAUGAAGGAUCUGUUCACUGUUAUUUUCUUCAUGUGUAGGAGAAUUGUUAAUUGGAUGUCUAUAAUAAUUUGUUUUUUUUUGUAUCUAUGAUUAUUUGCUUGUCACUACUAGAAUGAAAAAAAUGCAGUCUUCUUUUGCUAUUGUUCAAUCGGGAGCAGUCACCAUGCUAUGCCUUC